AUGUCGUUCCUUCGUCCACGGUUCCUUUUCAACGCAGCGAGAUGGGCUUCAAACUUGGGCCGAAGUCGGGUAUUUCUUGAUGUGAAUAUUGGAGAUACCCACGCCGGUAAGAUCACGAUUGAGUUAUUCAAUGAUGUAGUGCCCAAGACUGCGGAAAACUUCCGAGCAUUGUGCACGGGAGAAAAGGGCAAGGGCAAAAGUGGAGCACCUCUACACUUCAAAGGCUCAACCUUUCAUCGCGUUAUACCCGAAUUUAUGAUCCAGGGUGGAGACUUUACUCUUGGAGACGGACGAGGAGGUGAAUCUAUAUAUGGUCAUAAAUUUGAGGAUGAAAAUUUCACAAUGAAGCAUAACGGACUCGGUUGUGUCUCUAUGGCAAAUGCUGGCCCUGACACAAAUGGAAGCCAAUUUUUUAUAUGCACUGCUGUCACUCCCUGGCUGGAUGGAAAGCAUGUCGUUUUCGGUCAAGUCACUGGUGGACUUAAUGUUGUGAAAAAGAUCGAAGCAGUAGGAUCACGAUCUGGGAAGCCGAAAGAAAAAGUCACUAUCGUGGAUUGUGGAGAAGAAAAGGUUGCUGAAACAGAAGCAGCCUAA